AUGGCGGACGCCGUGCCUUACUGCUCCCAGGCAUGGGGGUCCCUGACAGAGGAAAAGAAGACAGUGUAUGCAGAGAAGGAAUGGAAUAGCAAGAAACGCUCCCAGAAGGCAGUAAUGGAGACUUGUAAUGUGCCUGAUCCAGUUCCUGCUCAUCUGACCACAAAGAUGCCCAAUGUUAUUCCUUUGCCAGAUGCCUGUGCUCUGUCUUGGAAGAAUGAUCAGGAUAUGGUUGCAGACAUCUUUUACUUCCUGGACAUUUACAGCUAUGGGAAGCUGCCACCCCACUGCGAGCAGCGCUUCCUUCCCUGUGAGAUCGGGUGUGUCAGAUACUCCCUACAGGAUGGCAUUAUGGCUGAUUUCCACCACUUCAUAGAUCCAGAAGUACCACCACGUGGUUUUCGGUACCACUGCCAGGCUGCUGGUGAUGAAACCCAUAAGAUCCCCAUAUCUGGAUUUCACCUUCCUCGUUCUUGUUAUGCAGUUGUCCUCCAGGAACUCCUUGAGUUUGCCCAGCCAGCCAGAGGUGCUCAGCCUCGCUUCUUCUGCAGGUCUAAUGACAGAUUCCGAAUUAACUGGUGUCUUGGUCGAAUGGCCAGCCUAACAGGCACUGAGAGCCACUGGGAGCUUUUUGCUGUAGAAGACCUGAUAAUGAGACUGUACCAGAAGAAAUACCAAAAGGAGCCAUCCAAGAUAUGGGUGUAUAGAAAACUGGAUGUCUGCCUGUGGGAUUUCUCCAGUAAUACCAGGUGCAAGUGGCAUGAGGAGAAUGAUAUCAUCUGCUGUGCUCUGGCAUCCUGUAAGAAAAUGGGUUACUGCAUCAGUAAAUCCUUUGCUAGUGCGUAUGGAGUCUCACUAACAGCAUCUCACCUCCCUCUGCAAGACUCUGGUUGUGAUCAAACAACAAAUACCAGGAUUGUGAAACUGGGUGGUGGACAUAUCCAGAAAAUGAAAGCUGAGAGUUCUGAAUGUGACAAACCUUUGGGUUCUCCAAAACAGGAUCAAGAAUUUGUCCCUUCUAAUAGUGGUUCUCCUUGUGGUGUGAAGACCUCCCCUUGUGGAACACGUGUUGUACAAGGAAGAGGAGUUAUUCGAUUGCUGAGAAGUGCAACUGGUCUAUCGACGUCUUUCAGUAAUUGA